AUGGCAAGUUUUGGGACUAAUGUAUCCAGAAUUACCAGCUUCAUACUAACAGGCUUCCCAGAGAUGGAGGGCCUGGAGCACUGGUUAGCUGCCUUUCUCUUGCUGCUAUAUGCAAUCUCCAUUGUGGGAAAUGCCUUAAUUCUCUUCAUUAUAAAGGAGGAGCAGAGCUUGCACCAGCCAAUGUACUACUUCUUAUCUCUGUUGUCUGUUAAUGACCUGGGCGUAUCCUUUUCUACGUUGCCCACUGUAUUGGCUGCCAUGUGCUUUCAUGCUCCAGAUACUGCCUUUGAUGCCUGCUUGAGCCAAAUGUUCUUCAUUCACUUUUUCUCCUGGACUGAAUCUGGGAUCCUGCUGGCCAUGAGUUUUGAUCGCUACGUGGCCAUCUGUAACCCCUUGCGUUAUUCUACAGUGCUGACUGAUAUCCGAGUGGCUCACAUGGGCAUAUCCAUCAUCAUCCGCAGCUUCUGCAUGGUCUUCCCACUGCCUUUCCUUCUGAAGAGGCUGCCCUUUUGUAAAGCCAAUGUGCUUAUUCAUUCCUACUGCUUACACCCAGACCUGAUCCGCCUGCCCUGUGGAGAUACCACCAUCAACAGCAUGUACGGCCUAUCCAUUGUCAUCUCUGCCUUUGGGGUGGACUCCGUGCUCAUUCUCCUCUCUUAUGUUCUCAUCCUGCGUUCUGUGCUGGCCAUUGCUUCCCAGGAGGAGAGGCUUAAGACGCUCAACACGUGUGUGUCACACAUCUGUGCUGUGCUCGUCUUCUAUGUGCCCAUGGUUAGUGUGUCCAUGGUUCAUCGAUUUGGGAAGGAUGCCCCUGAGUAUGUGCACAAGUUCAUGUCCCUGGUAUAUCUCUUUGUGCCUCCUAUGCUCAACCCAAUUAUAUAUUCCAUUAAGACAAAGGAAAUCCGUAAGAGAUUACGGAAAAUGCUAUUGGGACCUAAGUUAUGA